CGGAACAGUAUCAUUCAGGUGCUAAGCUCAUCGACAGUAACACAUCUUACCAGAACCAAAACCUCCAGUUUACGGGCAUAAUGGCAUUCAAGUUCGUCGUUUUCCUGGCGUCGCUGGCCGUCGCUAGCGCUGGAUACCUGGAGGCUGACCAUGCCGUCCAGUACGCCGCCCCGGUCGCUCACUACUCGCCGGCUUCGGCCGUCAGCUACAGCACCAUCUCGCAGGCUGCCCCGGCCAAGCUGGCCUACGCCGCCCCGGUCGCCAAGACCGUGUCGUACGCUGCCCCGCAGGUCUAUGCCGCCCCGCAGGUCUAUGCCGCCGCUCCAGUGACGAAGACGUACGUCUCCAGCCCGGCCGUCGGUGCCACCCAUGAGAGCACCAUCCGCUCGCACGACAGCACCAUCUCCCACUACUCCAAGGCCGUCGAUACGCCGUACUCGAGCGUGCGCAAGUCGGACACCCGCAUCACCAACGAGCUGCCCAAGUACGCUUAUGCCCAGCCCGUCCUGGCCAAGCAGGUUGCCUAUGCUGCUGCCCCGGCCGUCCACACCACCUAUGCUGCCCCGGCUGCCGUCCACACUAGCUACGCUCAUGCUGCCCCGGCUGUGACCUACGCCCAUGCCGCUCCGGCCUACCAGACCUACGCUCAUGCUGCCCCGGCUGCCGUCCACACCAGCUACACGCACGCUGCCCCGGCCGUUCACGCCACCUAUGCUGCUCCGGCCGUCCAGACCUAUGCUCAUGCUGCUCCGGCUGUCCACACCACCUAUGCUGCCCCGGCCGUCCACACCAGCUACGCUCAUGCUGCCCCGGCCGUCCAUGCCACCUAUGCUGCCCCGGCUGCCGUCCAGACCUACGCUCAUGCUGCCCCGGCCGUGCACACCUCCACCAAGACGCUGACCUACUCGCCGGCCGUCCAGGUUGCGCACACCACCUACGAGGACGCCCAUGCCCAUUAUGCCUGGUAAGAAGGUUCUGUCUGAGCGAAACAUCCUGAAGGAACAACAACAACAACCAACCGCUCAAAGCAACUAUUUAUUAGCACCACAAGACUAAUUCAAACAAAACAAAACAAAAAAAAAAAAAACGCCACCAGUUAAGUACACUGUCGCAUUGUUGCGCUGUUACACUGUUUUUGCAAGCAAUGCGUGCAUUCAGUCUCUCUCUUUCAUCAGAGAGAGUACAUCUACCAUCUCGAAUGUGACCAUUUGUUGAGUCGAAAUACAAUCUCGUACAAACUGAA